ACUUUCUUUGAGCCCUGACUUUCUUAAAGCGCCAACUCCCCUCUCGCUAUGCCACCAUCUUGAUACCCAAACUCGCCAAUUUAUUUGCAUGCGCUACGACUUCAACAGCACCUCGCUUCUAAUUUUUCCCUGCCUGAACCAACCUCUCGAGUCGGCAUCCCGUCGAGGGGCAACUGUCCAAAAUGUCUGGGACAGACUACAACUACGAUGAGCAGGGACAAUUCUUUCCCUACUUCAUCCUCACUAUCACUAGUCUAGUGACCAUCCCCGUUACAUACUCCCUCCUCAAACCAAGUAAAGAACUAGAGAAUACCGCCACUCGAAUAGAAACAGAUUUCAAGCCCGAGCAUGCCGAUCUCAUCGAGGGGCAACGGAAGAAGCAGAAGCGACGGGAGCGGCGACUAAAACGGUUUCUCUUCAGCGUCGGGGGAUGGCUUAUCAUAGCUUGGAUGGUGUAUUUGAUGGCAGUCACGGCACGGACAGUACCUAAGAUAUGGGAUCCAUAUGAUGUUCUGGGUGUUUCGAGGUCUGCCAGCGAGAAGGAGAUCAAGAAGUACUACCGCAAACUGUCCCUCGUCGCACAUCCCGACAAGGCCCGCGAAGAUCCCGCAAAUAACAUUACGAAGGAAUCUAUCAACGAUCACUGGGUCGAGGUUACAAAGGCAUUCAAGGCUCUCACGGACGAGGAAAUCCGAAACAACUACCUCCAAUACGGCCACCCCGACGGAAAGCAAAGCUUUAGCAUUGGAAUCGCCCUGCCGAAGUGGAUCGUGACCGAAGGGCACGGCACAUACGUCCUGCUUUUGUAUGCCCUGGCGCUGGGUGUCCUUUUGCCCUACACUGUUGGCCGAUGGUGGUAUGGAAUACAAAGGGUAACCAAAGAAAAGAUCUUGGUCGCAAGUGCUGGGAAGCUCUUCCGCGAAUACGACAACGACCACAGCGACAGCGGAGUCAUCGGCGUCCUGAGCAGCGGAGAAGAGUUCAACGAAGUUCUGAAAGGGCAUAAAGCAGAUAAUGGCUUAUCGAAACUCGAACAGAAGGUCUUGGCGGAUGGAGUCGAUGCGCCCGUCAAUGGCGUCUUGACGAAGAAGGAUCGCCAAAAGCUCGAGGAUUUGGAUGAUAGCGCUCGGAGGAAGGUCCUGUCUCUGUUGUGGGCCUACCUAUGUCGCAUCGAGCUCAACGACCCAAUCCUCAACGACGAAAAGUUUGAAGUUGCUCCAAUUGCCCUUACGUUGAACGAGGCCUAUACAGCGAUGGCCCUCGCCUAUGGCAACACAAAAGCUGUUCUCUCAGCCUACCACACCUCACAGAACCUAAUUCAAGCUCUAAGACCAGGCGCAUCUCCUCUAGAACAACUUCCUUAUUUCACUCCUGCAGUCGCUAAAGCUGCGGAGGCAGACCGAUCGAGGACCCACAUUGCUAUUCAGGAAUUCAUGCGAAUCCCUGCGGGUCAACGGAAGGCCCGUGUUGUCGCACCUGGUCUACUCAGCGAAGCUCAAUACAAGAAUGCGAUGUCUCUUGUGUCGCAGCUGCCUGUUUUGCACGUGGAGAAGGCGUUCUUCAAAGUCAUAGGCGAGCGUUUCAUUACCCCAAGUUCCUUGGUGCAGUUCAUCGUCAAGGCAAGAUUCAUCCCACCUGGUACCGUUAAUGUUCCCGCUAUUGAAGAGUCGGAUCUGGAAGAUGUUGAUCCCGAGGAAGGUGAUCUCACCGCCCUCAAAGGACGCAAGGAUGACAAGGAAAACGAGAAGCCCAUUCAACCUCCUCUAGCUCAUGGGCCGUACUUUGCUCGCAACCAUGCUCCCCGAUGGCAUGUAUUCCUAGCAGACAGCAAGCAAGGCAAAAUUGCCGUGCCUCCAUUCACCUUCUCAACCUUCAAUAAGCCAAUUCUCGACGAAAGUGGUAAGCCCACGUUCAACAUGCAGACGCUGAACAUGCAAUUCGGAGCUCCACCCCAGGCCGGCAGUUACACGUUUGUCAUGCACAUGAUUUGCGAUAGCUACAUCGGCAUGGAUACCAAGAUGGAGGUUACUCUUUUGGUCGAGGAGGCGAGUAAGGCCGAGGAAAUGGAGGAGGAAGAUGAGAUCAGUGAACCGGAUGAUGAUACCAUUGCCGGCCAAAUGCGAACACUCAAGUCAGGCGGCAUUCCUGGGGCUUCCAAACCGAAGAAACGAAGGCCUCAGGAUGACGACUCAAGCGAUGGAAGCGAUACAGAAGGAGACGUGGGUUCCGAGAGCGAUACCGAUACUGAUACUGAUACAGACGAGGAGUAAUCUCUUGUCUGUCAAAUCAAAUCGGAUUAGAUGGCAUAGAGCCAGAUGCCUUUCAGCAUUGCUUCCUGUCGGUAGCGGGGGAACAUGGCGGUCGCAGCACUUGGCAUUUCCAGGCGUUUAAGGGUUGCUAAGCGGGCUUUCAAUUCUUCCGAAGUCUAUGGCAGACUCGGCAUCUACCGAAUGGGGUAUAAGAGUACGUGUACAUGAG